AGGUUACAGAUGAGGGUGCAUUGUGAGGAGAACAUGUCUUCAUUCCCAAUGGAUGACGUGGUUUGCUCCAUUCACAUUUCCACUUAUGGAACAACAAUGGAUUCCAUAAUAGUCAAAGGGCUUGAUUCUGAAGGAAAGAAUUCUGGCUUUGGAUUGGACUCAAAAGUGGUCCCCAUUGGCUACAAAUUCAAAGACAUCACAGUGAAUGAGGAAACUGUGGAAUUUAGAGGAAUCAAGUACUCCAAAGUUGUGGUUAAUGUGGCAUUUGAGAGACUGAGAGGAAGUUAUGUGGUGAUCAUCUUCAUGCCCUGCAUUGCAUUUGUACUGCUGUCAUACAUGACACUUUUUAUGGAAUCAAGA